AAACUGCGAGUUUGCGUGGUAGGAAAAUCUUUCGCUAGUAACUUUUUUUUCCUUCCUUUUUUAAUACUUAGCCAUUUAGCGCGCCGGCUGUGUUACGCCGAACCGUAUUUUGUGACGUGCCUUAAAAACAAGCCUGAUCUAAUCUAGAUCUAGGUUAUUAGAGGCUUAUUACAAUUUUGUAAUGGCUUCAAAUUCAAAACAUACAGAGUGGAUUCUUGAAACCAUCGACCACUUGCGAAGGCGUAAAGCCCGCCCGGACUUAGAACGAAUCUGCCAUGUGGUGAGGCGACGGUUUGGGCUUAGCGCUGCGGAGACAGAAGCAAAGCUGGAAAAACUUGUCGACUCUGAAAUCGUCAUCAAAGUGGACUACAAAGGAAGCACGAGCUACAGAAAUGCCGCGAAAUGGCGGAAGAGCAUGCUGGGAUGCGCAGUUCUCAACUCCACCUCUGUCUCCAUCAAAAUAAUCGAAGCGAUUCUGGACAUUUCUGCGGCUCAGAUCAACGCGGUCGAGGCCAACCAGACGCCAAAUGACGGAGCAGAUGAGUCCCAGCUGAGCACCAAGGUCAAGGUUGCGCAGUAUGCCACAGAAGUUGGAGUCUCACUGGAAAGUCUCAGCAAGUGGCUGAAAGAAAAAUGCGAAGGCUUCGACAGUCUGAAAAGUCCGCUGACGGUCAUCCUGAAGCGGGAGAUUGACGCUGGCCGCGUAGAGCGACUGAUGAGCAACAGUUAUGUCGUCUCCCGGGCCCAGAUGGCAGAGGUGGACGAGAAUGGGAUAAGGCCUCUCAAAACUGUUCGGAAGACGGAGCCGAAGGCAGACACUUCUUCGGAUGAUCAGCUCACUGUGGUCAACAAACAUAAUUACAGCGACGAGUCUAGCAAUGACUUGAAGCCUACUCCGAAGUUGGAGCCUCUGAAGAUCGCCGUUCCUGCGCCACAUCAGCCAGCCAGAAGAGGUCGACCACCAAAGAACAAAUCACAAGAACACAAUUCGCCUGGAACUCCUACAAGUCAAGGCUCUUCGUCUCAUUCAAAGAUAAAAAGAGCGCUGAGCAAUGGCCACGGCGGACCAGAAAAGAAAAUUGCCAAAAAGAGUGACCUCAAGAAACAUGGGUCUCCCAGUGAACAAGCCUGUGACAUCUGUCAUCUGUCUGGGCGGAAUCCAAAAGGGCAGCAUGAGCUGCUUCUUCAUUGCAAAGACUGCACAGCAAGAGCUCACCCUUCUUGCAUGAAUUAUUUUGGUCAGCUUGCAGUCAGAGCAUACAGAGGGCCAUGGCAGUGUAUGGACUGCAAAACUUGUUGUCUCUGUCAGGACCCUGGCUUUCCGCAGGAUCAAAUGCUAUUUUGCGACUGUUGUGACAAAGGUUAUCAUAUGAGUUGCCAUCAGCCACCUGUCAAUAAGAAACCUUCAGGUAACUGGGAAUGUUCUGCCUGUCAAUUAGAAAAUAUGGCUCUGCAGAGAAACGAUUUUAUGUCCAGCUUUCGGGGUAAAAAUGCUUUUGUUAAUGAUUCAGCUCCUCCAACACCAGCCGAAUCUCCUAUACCCUUACACCACAUGAAUGGACACCAUAAUAUUCCUACUACUCCCAAGCAUCUUGGGAAUGGACUAUACCCUGAUGCAUCUCAAUGGACAGUGGAAGAUGUUGUUGAGUAUAUUACGUCUGCAGGUUUCCCUGACGAAUCUAAAGUUUUCUUUGAACAGGAAAUUGAUGGUGUGGCUCUUCUACUUUUGAAAAGAGCAGACGUCUUAAAAGGCUUAAACUUAAAACUUGGACCUGCUUUGAAAAUUAACAGACACAUUCAAGGUUUACAAACAGUCUGCCAAAAACUGUGAUUAUGUUUUACUGUUUUGUUUCUCUUCUUCAUGUGUAAAUAAUUGUUUAUAUUAUGCCAUUUCUUCUAUUUCAGUAUUUGCAAAACAUCAAUUAAUUGUAUUAUAUUGAAACUAUAAAUAAUUAGUUAACCUAAAAGAAUUCUUCCACUACAAGUUAUUGAAUUAUUUAAGUUUCAGCAUUAGCUCUAAUGCAUUCAUGUUUUUAACAAUUUGAUCGAGACAUUGUAAACUGAAGAAGUGCACUCACCCGUGUAUGUGUACAUGGGAUUGAAAAAGCUUUGUUCAUAGAUAUUGGCGAUAUGGGCAUGUUGUACAUUUCUAAAUUUAAACAAAUCAUUUUAUUAUUUAUGUCAUUAUUACAUUUGUUACUGAACUUUUAAAGAUAAUAAAGAUAAUUACAAGAUGGUAGCCUGGUCAUGUGGUUUGGACUCUGCAAUAUUAUCUGGAUGGUUCCAGGUUUGAACUUCCGUCAUCCCCCACUGCGGGAGUUUUCAAUUCUGAGGGAAUAUUUGAAACUUUUUUGUUUGGUUUGUUUUGUUAUUUUGUAUAAAAUAAAAAUGAUAUAAUUAAUUUUCCAUGCAUUUUGUGUGAUAAAGCUGGGGCAUGAAUUAUAGACAAUCAUUAUGUAAAGAAAAAAACAAAAUGGUUAAUGCUCAUUAUUGCUGUCAUUUGUAUAAAUCUAUAUAAUCAUUGUAAAUAUUUUAAUGUAACUUACCUUUGAAAAAAAAGGGGCUAGAAAUAUGUCUCUGGUGAGAAUUGUGAUACCUUAAUUAUAAAUAUUCUAGUGUUACCUACACACUAUGUAAACCAUACUGUGGGAGAAUGUUGAAAUGGUGUCAGAAGUUGGUCUAUAUGCAAUUUAAUAUAGAAAAAAAAAUUCUUGCUCUGUUGCAGUAAUACACAACAUUAAUAACAUAAUAAAUAAAAAAUUAUGUAAAUUAUUUUUCAGUUGUUUUUUUUUAAUGCAAAAUUUUUUAUAGAAUUUAAUUAAAUUUAAAGAAAUUAAAUGCCUACCUGUAUAUACCUGAAUGAACAAAAUUAUUAGUCCUAAUAAAAGAAAAAAUAAUGAAAA